UAGAGGCGUUCCGUCUUUCUACGUUUUACCGAGAGAAGAGUGGUCGUCCAAAUCCGUGCGAAAAAAAAAAGAAACUAUAUUUAUAUAUAAUUAAAUAGGAGAGAGAAAAAAUAACUCAAAUAAAUCAAGAUAAAUAUUGAAUGGAUCUUAGCAUCGACAGUUCUCUGGUGGUGGAAAACGCUGGAACGAGCCAAUGGCUGGACGGUUUCUGUCAGUCUAACCGUAAUUCCGUCGACGGUAAAUGGCAAGAGUUAGAAGAGUAUUGGGGAGCCGAAAAAUAUCGUCUGCAGUUAGAAUUACAACUCCAAACACUUUCUAGCAGCCUCGAGCACCAAUUACUCUUCGAAGAUUACCUGAAACAACCCUCCGAAGUUCAAGAAGAUCAGGAAAACAAUUACAUCCACCUCACCGAUAGUUCUUACGUCGUUCGUGGAGAAGAUAUCAAAGAUAUUCCCACCAGUUAUGUCAUUAAAGGCCUCGAAGAUUAUGAAUUUCCAGUCGUCGGUGAGUCGAUUUUCUUUAUUAUAUACAGUGGUACCUCAGGAUACGAAAUUAAUCCGUUCCGAAACUGAGAUCGUAUCAUG